CUCUCUUUCUCUCUCUAUAAACCUUUCUACAAAUCCAUUCAAAGAUCCCUUCUUUCUUUCUUCUUCUUCUUCCCCAAAUCUCAUUUUUCAAAUAAUCAAAAUGGUUCAAAAACAUUUACACGAGCUUUUAGAAGAAGAUCAAGAACCCUUUCUUCUUCAAAACUACAUCGCCGAUCAGCGUUCGCGUCUCAAUAUCAAAAACACCUCCAUUGUUUCUUCAACAACAAAACAAAGUAAUACCCUGUUCAAAAACGCAUGUCUUUUCUCCUUUUACGAUUCACCCGAUCCUCGAAAAUCGCCACUUUUAUCCGGAUUUCUAUCCCCAAAUGCUUCAUCUUUAGCUAAGAACUGUUCAAACGCUGUUCUUCAUAUCCCAGCAAGAACUGCAGCUCUUCUUUUGGAAGCUGCUAUGAGGAUUCAUAAACAUUCUGUUUCUAAAAAAAAGAAAACUUCACUGGGUUUAUUUGAUUUGGUGUUUAAAAGAUUGGGUAGUCGGAAUCGUGAUAGAUCGCCGGAAAAAUCUUUGGAUUUAAACAGAUGUAGUAAUAGUUCAACAUCAACCGCCGGAGAAGAAGAGCAUAUUCCGGCGCCGGCAACGGAAUUAGAAACCAGUUUGACUUUCAUUUUAAGUCCCUUUCAUUUCUCUCUCAAUGGACGACAUUCGCCGGAAUUCUUGUCUCCGGUGACCUCACCCGCCGGCCGGCGAACAAAUGAGGGAAAAAACAAGAUCGAUGAAGAAGAGAGCAUAGAAAACGAUAAAGAACGAGAAGAGGAAGAACAAUUUAGCCCGGUUUCAGUAUUGGAACCCCAAUUCGAAGACGACGAUGAAUUAAUACACGAAGAUAGCGACAAUAUUUAUGAAGCGGAAUGCAGCUAUGUGAUCGAUCAAAGUACGUAUGACAACUACUUCAUCUAUGUGUUAGGUUUGGCAUUUACAGGAGCAAAGCAUCAACUAUUAGAAAAGUUGAGGAGAUUUGAAAGAUUGGCUCAAUUGGAUCCUUAUGAACUCGACAAGACAUUGUUCGACUACGACGAAAAUGAAGAACACGAAGAUGAAGACAAUGUAGAAUGGUCUAAGAAGGAAUUAGAUGAGUAUUUCCUCAAUCAAGUGAUGGAUAAAUCCGGGGUUCAUUUGGACAAGAGGCUUGUAUCGGAUUUAAUAGUUGAGGAGGAGAAACGAGGAGAAUUGGAAGAAGGAUCAUGCGAAAAAGAAUCGGUUAUGAAAAGGGUUUGCACGAGGUUGGAUGAAUGGGAAAAGGCGAAGCCCGAGAGCAUCGAUAUGAUGAUUGAACUUGAUUAUAGAAGGGAAGUUAACGGAUGGUGGAAGAGGAGCGAAGAAAUAGACGAUAAACAAGUGAAAGAGGUUGCAACGGAGAUUCAAAUCGCAAUUCUAGUUGAAUUGAUUGAAGAGCUUUCGGAAGAAUUACUAAUUGUUUGUUAGUUAAUCUUCUUUACUAUUAAA